CUGUAGCGCAAGCUACCACCAGCAUGAGCACUGUCACAUCAUGCUUUAAAAAUUGAAGAAGUGAAGAGCGUGCCCGAACAUUUUAGUCUCUACUCCCUUGCACGCAAGUCACUACACAUAUUCGUGUGUCGUAAACGAAGAUAGCGGCAUUGUUUUAGAUUCCACGUGCAAAUGUAGAAUUGGCUGUUUAUUUGAAGAAGGUAUGCACCAGUGACAAUGGUAUUUGCACGGACAGCCGCGACGCAGGCGGUUGUUGUAUAAUACAGCCGAAACAUCUGGGGCAGACAGGGCACUCAUUUCAAAUAAUCUCAAACUGUACUGUGCAAUGAAGAAAAGAAGAUAUUGCCAACCAUUUUGAACAUUUGCAAUGUUAAGGAAACAGGUAACAGAACAAUGCAACACAUUCUGCAGAGGAGAAAACUUCACCAACUUCAGCUUGCUUGGGCAGCCGUGGCAGUUGUUGCUCUGUCGCUUGCUUUCUGCAGCGCUCUAUUUACUGCAUGGACAUGGGGACAGACGCGGGACAUGUCUCAAUCAUUCAGAACUCUGCAAGACCGUCUGAAACAAUUAAGUGCCCAGCGUGAUACUAUUGUCCAGCUCUUACUGGAGAGGAGAGGUUUGCUGGAGGGCCACAGGGUGAAAAGAGAUGGUGGAACUGGAAGAGGAAAGUCAGGAAAUGGAAAAAAAUCUGCGUCUCAUUUUGAAAUACAUUCCGUUCAGCAAGUGGGUGAUGAUGGGGCUAUUAAAGGCUGGACUGAGGAGCUGCUGAAUAUGAGUGUGAGCAAGGCAGUGCGGUAUGACCCUGACACCGGCACCUUCAAGGUGGAGAGAAGUGGAGUUUACUUCUUGUACUGCCAGGUGCAAUUUAAUGAGAACCAGAGUCUCUAUGUGAAGCUAGUGGUGUCCGUGAACAAGGUCAAUAAGCUGCAGUGCAUGGAGGGAUACGGGACCACACCUUCCUCUGGCUCACACCUGUUCCACUUUCUCAAGCCAUGUCAGGUGUCAGGACUGUUGAGGCUGGAAAGAGGGGCAGAGCUGAAGGCCUCCACAGUUAAAUCGUACCAGCUGCACCCUGUUGGAAAGCACUACUUUGGUCUUUUUAAGGUUAACUGAGGGGCAAUACCACUCAAUGUCUGUGGGCAGCCCUGAGCUAAACCUGUCUUGACAAAUCCAGUCCUACAUCAUGUGUGGUUGUGCCUGCAACCACCCUGAAAACCCAAACCUUUGAGCUUGGAUACAUGUUUUUGGACAAUAUCAAUACCAAUUUCUGUCUAAAAUAGGUGGAGCCAGCAAUUUCACAACAGUGAUGUCAUUUUGCCAGGAGCUCUGAGCUUUUCCUUUUUCUGUCACCUUGAACUAUUGCUCCUAUGUAACAAUAUGAAUGUAUCAGCAAUGUCAGAGCAGUGUUGUGGGAGGGAACACAGCUUAAUCAGUUAACCUCUUAAAAUUGUAAUGAUUAUGAUCUUUUGCCUUUCAGGCUCUCCUUAGCCGUUUACUUCUUGACUCUAGGCCAGUGGUUCCCAACCCUUUUUCUGGAGAUCUACUGUCCUGUAGUUUUCCACUCCAACCCUAACAAAGCACACCUCAUUUAACAGCUAGAGGUCUUGUUGAGCUGCUAUUUGGUAGAAUGAGCUGUGCCAAAUUAGGGUUGUUAUGAAAACCUAUCAAACACCUAAUACCUUCAGGAACAGGAUUGGGAACCACUGCACUAGGCAAUGUUAUGUUAUGCAGACACUGAUUACUGUAAAUCCUGUGUGAAGAAUCACAUUAAAAUGAGAUAUUAAACAUUUGGACAGUGUACAUAGGGGUAGUGCAUGUCGAAAUGGACUAAUGGUUAGUAAGGAUUUGUCAUGAGCAGUUAUUUGUAUACAUUCCAUUUUUUUAUUUCUACCUAUUUUCUGGUAUGAAUUUGCAUAGCUUUAUUUUUAUAAUACAAAAAACCAAAGACAAUUAAAAGUAACUGAACCAAGAA